AAACAUUCUUCCAUUAAUAUUCUAUUUUCACUAGUUUUGAUCUACUAAUGGAUCUACCACUCAAAUUGCACGCGAUUUAACAAUAACAUUUAAUUAUAUCGAACGGUACAACCCUACGUGAUUAACGUGUUUGAACGUGUUAUGGCAAUGUAAAGAAAUAACACGACAUUACUAUUACAGAACAUAAAUUAAUCAUCUGGUAAUUCAAAAAUUACUGACCAACAAUUACAAAAUAACAAAAGUAUAUCAAGAUCACUGAUUCGUUUUAACAGUGAUUAAUUUAUGAAUGAUCACGAUUAAUAUUCAAGUAAUUACUAUUUAGCAAUUGAUCGUAGAAGUGAUUGCGAAGUAAUUGAUUAUCGUUCAGCCGUGCAGAUCGUGAUGAAAUAUAAAUGAAUACGUCCAACGAUUUAAAAAUUAUUGACAGAAAUGAAUCAAAAUCGACGAUUUAAUUUUCUACGUACAGACACAUUAAUUGAUCGAUGAUGCGACUACUAUUUAGUAACUGAUUACCAAAGUUAUCACUGUCCAACUCUGAAUGCAUGCAGUCGCACAGUGGUUGUCGAGGAAGCAAUCUCGAGGAUUUCCUUCGAAAUGACGAAUAGCGUGUUGCAACGUUCCUAUUACACACACACAUGUACGGUACGUUCGUCUCAACAGCCUGUCUCUGUUUCACGGUCUCCAGCGGGAAAAAGAAAUUCGUAAUGAUAUUUUCCACGGAGAGAACACGGUGGCUGUGUAUGCUGGCACGUCCGCGAUUUAGUAGUUUCCACUAAACCAGACGAAAAAAGGGAAAGAGAGAGAGAGGGUAGACUUCACCUUGACCAACCUCGGCUAGCUUUGAUUUAUAAAUUAUUCACGACCGGCGAAUUCUUGACUCAAGCCGAUUCAAGUUUUCAAUGCCUCGCGCGCGAAAUCUCCGAAAAUUUUCUCCCCUCCCCCGACGACAACAAAAUUCCAAUUUUCUUCUUUCCGCGCGUGCAUCGUACAAUGUACAACAAUAUACAACAAUAUACAACAAUUAGACGACGUAUAAUGUAACAAUUCCCCUGCCAGGCAAGGCGAGAGGUCUCACCUUUGACGCUGGUAGUCGCGAAUUUACGGUUGCAACAUUAUCUUGCGCUUCUCCGCUUUGCCACUCUGUCCCCGAGGCUCGAAUGCAAAUUCUGUAAUCUGCUUACUUAAACGUGCGAGAAACACCACGCUUGUCCACGUGUUUCUGGUACCGUUGUUAGGAAUACGUCUUGUACCAGUCUGAGGGACUGAGGGAUAUACAGGGUGUUCAAUAAGAACGCGAGAGCCAUCUGGAAGAAAAAUAUUCUUUUUUUUUUUUUGUGAAAUUUCGUUACACUUUGCGCGGAAAGAAGAGAACCUAAUAUACUGUUACGCAUACGAUCGAUAUUGUGUCCAAUUUCUAACAAUGAACGACGAGACGUGCUUUCCAUCUUUGAACACACUGUACAAGCAACAAAACAAGGACAAAAUAAAAGUACUAUCCUUGGAACGUAUGGUCGCUGUCAGCGCGACUUUCGUUUCGAGCCUGUUCUCGGACUUGAGAAGCCUUGCAGGCACGACCCUUAUGAAUCUCUUGGCAGCUCUCUUCAUGGUUCAACUGCUCUUCAUCGUCGGCGUGGGUGGCGUUCAGGACUCGGAGCUGUGCAUUUCCCUGGGGCUGAGUUUGCAGUAUCUCCGGAUGACGGUGGUCUGCUGGCUGGCCGCCAUGUGCCAUCAUCUUUACGCGAGCGUCGCCUCGAUCCCGCGCCGCGACGAUCCGCCAACCUAUCUCAAGUACAGCCUGUUCGCCUGGGGUGCGCCUCUCGUCAAUCUCGGUGUCGCCGCUUUCCUUCAGAUACGCGAGGCCGCCAGCAUCUGGAACGUCGCCGAUCUCACGCCCUUCAAUUGCUGGUUUCUAGGGACGAAGGCAACGAUUUAUACGUACGGUUUACCCGUGGUGCUGCUGCUUUUUUCCGCGGGCUACUAUCUAAUCAAAGCUGCGAUCGUGUCCAGAUACACGUGCAGCAUGCAGCUGGAAAUCAAGCAGCGGGAGAAGAUGAAGAGGCGAAGAGCGCUGCAGAUGAUCCUGUUUUUCAAAGUGUGCACGAUAGUGGGCCUGGUGGCUGGCUGCGGGGUCGCGUCCAGGGUCUGGAAAGUCCCUUUCCUCUGGGCUGUAUUCUGCACCGGACACUCUCUGCAGGGGCUAGCUGUGGCGCUGUCCGUCGCCUGCAAUUGCAGAGUUUUGAAAGUCUACGCCAGAAAGUCGUAUAAGCAACCGAAGCAGCAGAUCGCGCAUUCUAGCAGCAGCAUGCAGCUACUGGCGCCUGCACCGGACCCGGUCUAGAUCCGCGAAGGAUCCACGGGGAAAAUGAAGGGCCAGCGAAAGGACUGUUUGCGUUCGAAAUCUUUUGGCCUUGGUUUGGAAAUGGACAGAGAUAGAUGCCCUUGCCUACUCAGUUACACUUUUCGAAAAUCGUGUCACGCACUUGCAUACAAACACACGCGGAACAAAACUCAAUUUUCACUCGUCGUUGGAAACUCAAUGGGCACGAUUGAAGCAACGACAACAACAUUGGAACAACGUCGAGCGCACCAGCAGAGCUACAUACGUACGUCACCGCGGUCUUCGACGAUUUUUCGCCCUGCUGUUCCCUAGAGACAAGGAUUUAUUCGAUUACGAAGAGGGAGGGGGGAGGGAGAGCAAACGAAAGAACAAACAGAGUUGGAGUUAAGAGGAAGCAAUCUACAGUCUACUCGAAACUAGCUUUCCGCUCUUCGGAGACCAAGGAAUCGUCAGUGAAUCGGCGGUCCAAGUGGAGAGGCGAGGCUUUUCCUCGUGCAAGAGCGCAACUGUUGGCAAAAAAUCAAGCUUCACGAAUUCACAAAAGCCGCGGAAACGCGAAACACGGUCGGCGACGUCGCCGCUAAUAUCGUAUGUGUCCCGAAUCCUCGCUCGCAUUCCACGCGCGUCGAACGUCACGUCGCACCGCGUCGUUAAACCACCACGUUCCAUGCAAUUUCCAUAUUCGAUUCGAGCUCGAUCGAAAGUACGCAUCGUUGACAAUUUGAUCGCACUCGAUUCGUCCAUUGGGUGUGCACGGGAUGGAAAGGAAAGUUUGUCCGUGGCUGUCGCAGGUGAUUUGAUGUAAAGCGACUGCCGCAAGAUUGACCUUGACCUCAAGAAUUUCAGAUCAGAAUUUUUUUUUUUUUUUUUUUUUGCAUUAUAUUCUGGUCGUUACGAAGGUGAAACUUUUCCAAGUGACUGUGUAGGUCACAACCUAACGGUUUUCUUGAGAAAUGGCAAACAAAUUUCUUAAUUGUUUGACAUCGUGCACGAGUCCUAACAGCGACUUUACGGUUUUGGGUGAUUAUGGGUUUCUACUUUACGUAAUUUUCACGUUAGGUUUCAUUAAACUUUGAUUUGUCAUAGUAUGUGGCAUCAGUGCGAGUCUAAAUAAUAAAAGUAACUGUUGGCAUUAUUCGAAAUAUAAACAUUACAUCCACUCGUCCGACUAAAGUCGCUGUUAGAACGCAGUGCUGAAUGAUUAGGAUUUAGAGGCUUUUUUGCCAUAUUUCAAGAGAACCAUUUGACUGCGACCUAUGAUUCCUUGGAAAAGUUUUAUCUUCGCGAUGAGUAGAACACAAUGCAACAAAAAAAAAAAAAAAAUUUUUAACCUUAAAAUUCAAAGUCAAGAUCAAUUUUGUGACAGGUUCUUUACACGUAUUUCCAUCAAAUUGGAGAUGUAGAAUUCAUUUAUGAUAGCCAUGGACAAACUUUCCUUUCCACCCUGUGGAACUUUUCCUUUCACUUUCUUGCAUCUUUGCUGCUCGCCUUACGAUUUCCUCUUCAGUUUUAAGGUGUAAGCAUCACUUAUUGAAACUGCAAAAUUAAUUUAGUGUAUUCAGAGCAUCGAAACGUUAUGUGUAUAAUUUUGAUUCGUCAACGUUCCCAGUUUAACUUCAGAGAAUUAACUGUAAAAAUCCGAUCACUUCGCAUUUCGUAGGUUUGCAGUUUUUACUUUAUUCUUUUCAAUCGAGACCCUAAACUUGCACCACGACUCGAUUGUUACAAGUUGUGGGAACUAACGAACUGUGUACUCCUUCGUUUCGUCGAAAGAAAAAGUAAAUCGCGCGGAAGAAAGGAAAGAAGGAAGAAAGAAACGAACACGAUGAUGUGGCUACAUUUGUUUUUUCCAGCAGACUCGCGAGCUGUCGUUCGUUAUUCAAGGAAUUGGAACCGAGAAAAGAAAAAAAAAAGAACGAGGGGAAAAAGGCUAGGAAAGAACGAAAGAUCAAAGAUCAGAAAUAGAUUGCAGCGCGUGAGGAAUGGGGGGGGGGGGGGGGAGAGACGCGGUGAGUUCGAGAACGCGUUCCCGGCGGUUUUGCGGCUGGCAUCCUCCUCUUCCCUCCCCCCGCAGCUACGAUACAAUUAACACUCGGUAAUCAUCCGUGCGCUCGCAUUAGUGCGUCUAACCACCGGCACUCUGUAAAUGUAAACAGCAUGUAAUUACCAGGAAAUAAAUGUUUUGAAAGUCCAAAAUGGGAGAAACCGUUGCGAA